CUGAUCUAACCUCCCACACCCCGACAUUAGACCGGUUUCCCAGCAGAAGCAGCGGAUCGACCAAUACCAUUCUCAAAUAUAAAGUGGAUUUCUGUUUACAGGACCACUGAGCAGCCAUGGAAGAACUUACGGCUUUUGUCUCAAAAUCGUUCGACCAGAAAACCAAGGAGAGCAGCAAAGAGAGCAUCACGUACAGGGAAGUUUUGGAGAGUGGCUUAGCGCGAGCAAGGGAGCUGAGCAACUCGGAGACGAACCUUCAGGACAUCACAGAAACUAGUAACCAUUGUCCCCUGCAAUUAUACAAAGAACACAUCGAGCUGGAAAAAGAAAAACUAAAGGAAUUCGGUGUUACAAGGGCUUCUGAAGGGAUAUACGAAUGCAAAGAGAAGAAGGAGGAAGUGAAAUCCGAAGACGAAGACCCACAAGGGAAACUGAAACAGAGACGGAGUCGGACAAAUUUUACUUUGGAACAACUAAACGAACUGGAAAGACUCUUUGAUGAAACACACUAUCCAGACGCCUUCAUGAGAGAGGAGCUGAGUCAAAGGCUAGGGCUAUCGGAAGCCAGGGUCCAGGUUUGGUUUCAAAACAGAAGAGCAAAGUGCCGGAAACAAGAAAACCAAAUGCAUAAAGGUGUUAUUUUAGGUACUGCAAGCCACCUGGAUGCAUGCAGAGUUGCUCCUUACGUGAACAUGGGUACUCUUAGAAUGCCUUUUCAACAGGUGCAGGCUCAACUGCAGUUGGAAGGAGUAACCCACUCACACCCCCACCUCCAUCCACACCUAGCCGCUCAUGCUCCCUACCUGAUGUUCCCGCCCCCUCCCUUUGGACUACCAAUCGCGUCGCUGGCUGACUCUGCCUCCGCAGCGGCCGCCGUGGCUGCCGCUGCCAAGAGCAACAGCAAGAACUCGAGCAUCGCUGACCUCAGACUCAAGGCAAGAAAACAUGCGGAGGCGCUGGGCCUAUGACCCCUCCCCCCGGGCAACUCCGCUGCUCUGACCUCUCAGAUAAUUGCUUUUCACACAAGACUGUGCCUGUGAAAAGGCCAGGACACUCACAGUUAAAACAAAGAAACAAAAACACUGAAAAAAGGAAAAUUGUCACAAAAACCAGCUGCCAAAACAACCACUUGUAAGAAAAAAAAGGUAAUUAAAUACCAAUGAAAUCACCUCUUACUUUUCACCCAACAGGCAGGACUUCUUGGAGGCCGGUGGCUGAGCCCCUUCCAGUCAGACAUCACUGCCCCAGGACCAUACAAAAAUGUCUGGAUGUCUGUCUAAGAUCCUGCCUUUAUUUCUUAUUUUUAAAGAUGAGAAGACUUUCUAAAAAAAAAAAAAAGAACCGGGCAAACAAAGGCAGACAUCUGAACAAAACUAGAGCGUCACCGACAUUGGGUGACACCCAGCACGGACGGGAAUACGCAGGGUUUUGAGCCUUGCGCAGGAGGCCAUGUUCGUCUCUGACCACUGUGCUCCUGCCUGAGUGCAUGCGUUUGGCUGAAGGGAGGACUCUAUGGGCCUGGCCUCCAUCUGCAUCUGCUAUCUGUCUGAACAUGUUAAUCACUGCCAUGAACAAUGCUCAAUAUUCUCCAUGUUCUGCAAAGACUUUCACUCGAUUUUGAUUUCCCGAAUCUGUGGGCAUGCAGGAGGGCGGCACUGAGGAAAAAAAAAGCUUUGUUUUCGGCGUACUUGAUACUUAUUUUCUGUACUGGAGGGAAUUAUUGUGUUGCUGUAUUUCUUGCAAGGUGUAUGUCUUGCAGGAUUUAUACUUUUAUUCUCAUGUCCUGCCCUUCGUUCUCUAAUUGUGCCAUGCCAUGGCAAAAAAAAAAGAAAAAAGAAAGAAAAAAAUUGCUUUUGCACUUCAGGUCUCAUAUCAAGUUGUUUACAAUCCAAGCUAAAGCGCAGAUACUACUUUUAAUAUUAGGGGCGACCAACGAGCAGAGCAAGGGUUGAUAACACCAAAAGGCAUCAAAAGGGUAACUGCUUUUUUGUCAUUUAAUAUUUUAAUGAAGUUUCAGUUAAACUGAAAUGCAAUUUUGUGCAGUUAAGUGCAAUACUGUAAAUAUGAAAAAGUCCAAGCAGUCAGUUAAUAAUAAUAAUAAUAAUAAUAAUAAUAAUAAUAAUAAUAAUAAUAAUAGUUUUCAGGGUUUUUUUCUGGCUCUGAUAUCAAUGUAUUGAAUUUCUGUCAAACCGACACAUUUGUUUUUGAUAAGUGUUACAAUUGUGGCACUUCAUUAGCAAUCAUGUGCCAAAUGUCCCCGAGUUUGAUAAUAUUCAAACAUGGUUUCGGAUACAUACAUAACAGUGAUAAUUUGUUGGAGUAGACGAGCGCAAUGGCAGAGGUACUAGGAUCUGAGACUCCACUUCAUCUGAUGCAAAAUACAGAUGUAGGAAAGCACCCCCAAAUAUAUUAAAAUCUAUUAAACUAUGAAUUUGUCUUAAAGGACAAAUUCAUAGUUCAAUAUGUGUAAAUCAUAAAAAAAUCAUUGUACAUACAGUACAUCAUUUUGAUUGAUUAAUGUAAAAUAUAUAAAAGCAUGUCCCUGUAUAUUUAACAAACAUAAGUACUAAAUUUCAGCAAAUGUUCCUUGUUUUAUUGCUUGCACAACAUAGACUCCAAAAUGAACUAUUGAAAAAAUAGUUAAAUGAAAACUGAGAAAAUAUUUAAGAAUAGCGAUUACUAAAGUUUUUUAUACAACAUGAGGGCAAUGCUUACUGAUAUUAAAAUGAUGAGAGCACAACAUAAAUAUUUCUUACUGUUGUAUUAUGAUCAACAUCAUGAAGCCAUAAUGAAGUAUAUGUCCUAUUUACCACAAUUUAUAUUAUAUUCUCUCUCUCUCUCUCUCUCUCUCUCUCUCUCUCUCUCUCUCUCUCCCUCUCUCUCUCUCUUCCCCCUCCCCUCUCUCUCUCUCUCACCACACACACACACACACACACACAUACACACAUGGAUAGAUGAAAACAAGAACAACAUUUGGAAAUUCAGCUGUAAUUAUUUUGGGGAUGCCCAUUGGAAAAUGAACGGGACUUUAAUGCUUUUUCAACUGCCUUUGAAGUCAAUAAUGAUCCUAGUGGUCUACCUCUAACAAAUAUAUUAUUAUUUGUGUUGUUUUUCAGAGACCAUAUUAGCGGUUGUUCAACGGUGGUUCUAUUAUUAAUAAUUGACUCUAUUUAUGACUGCUUUUAUUUAUUAUUUAGUUUGAAAUUUCAUAAAUGAGCUAUAACUAUGGGUGUUAAAUUUUUUGUGGCUUUGCAUUAAAAAUGUCUUUUUUUACUUUACUUUUGCAAUUGUUUGAAUGGAAAGAGUGACUGUUGUACAUUGCAUUAAGUGUAGUGUGUCUGGGGUUUACAAACAUUUCAGGGAUGGUAAAAAUAUGAAAUACUUUUCAAACACAUGAAUUUACCUUAAGUUCCAUGGAACAUCUACCCAUUAUUGUCAGCGUUACCAUCAUAUUUUAAGUUUUGUGACUUAUGCAAGCAUGCUUAUACAUCAUUUGCCAUACAGUUCUGUUACAAUGUGGCUCUGUUGAUUCACACAACAUGAAUGUACAUCAUGUACAAGUAAACUAUUAAUAAAGUGAAUAAUAUUUGUAA